AUGUCGAGACUGGAAGUGUACUCGCCCGAGGGGCUGCGGUUGGACGGCCGGCGGUGGAACGAGCUGCGGCGGUUCCAGGCGUCGAUCAGCACGCACGCGCACUCUGCGGACGGGUCGUCGUACUUAGAGCAAGGGAACAACAAAGUGGUGACGCUUGUGCGUGGUCCAGGGGAGCCCGCGUCGCGCGGGCAACUGGACGGGCAGCGUGCGACUCUGCGGGUAUCCGUGAACGUCACCAAGUUCUCGAAGUUCGAGCGCAGCAGGACGUCGCACCGGAACGAGAGGCGUGUGCUGGAGAUCCAGACUUCGCUGCGGCGCACGUUCGAGAAGGCGUGUCUGCUGCAUUUGUACCCACGCACAGCGAUUGAUGUGGAACUGCAUGUGUUGGAGCAAGAUGGCGGUGUGCUUGGAGCGAUGAUCAACGGGAUCACGCUCGCUUUAGUCGACGCCGGGGUCGCCAUGUGGGACUACGUUGCCGGUGUCUCAGUUGGAUUGCACGACCAGACACCUUUGCUUGACUGCAACUCCCUCGAGGAGACUGCGGUGAGCACGGUGACGCUGGGCGUCGUGGGCAAGACGGAGAAACUCUCGCUCAUGGUCGUCGAGGACAAGAUCCCGCUCGACCGCAUGGAAAACGUCCUUGCAAUCGGCAUCGCGGGCGCCCACAGGAUCAGAGACCUCAUGGACCAGGAACUGCGCAAGCACGCCAAGAACCGCAUCGACAACCUCGCGGGCAAGCAAUGA